AUGGAAGAAUCAUCAGAGAGAAGCUACAUUGCUGGCUUUACAGGUGGAGGAAGGCGCCAUGAGCCAAGGAAUGAUUCCACUGCAAUGAGUUGGUGGAGGAACAAUUUCUGGAUCAUUCUAGCAGUGGCCAUCAUCGUUGUUUCCGUGGGCCUGGGCCUCAUCAUGUACUGUGUCUGUAGGUGGCAAAAUAGACAAGGCAAGAAAUGGGAAAUUGCCAAACCCUUGAAACAAAACCAAAGAGAUGAAGAAAAGAUGUAUGAAAAUGUUAUUAAUCAAUCACCAGAUCAACUACCCCCUGUGCCACCCAGGGGUUUGCUUCCUUCAGAAGAUUCCUGCCCACAGGAAACCCCAAGUCAACCACUGGCUACAUACUCAUUGGUAAAUAAACCUAGAAAUAAGAAGACCGUUUCCAUUCCAGGCUACAUUGAGGCUGAAAAUGACUAUGAUGAUGUUGAAAUCCCUGCAUAUACUGAAAACCAUCAUUUUAAAACCACCAUUUCGUCUUUUUGA